AUGAAGAAACCUAAUGCCUCUAUUCGUGAUUCCAAUGCUGCUCUGGAGGUUGUUUUUGUACACCUGGCUGCGUAUGAGAAGGUUAAGAAGCAAGAGCAGUCAUCUUCUAGGUCUGGUUUCAUGUCUAAGAGUCAGACCUCAUGUCUGGUUUCAGAUUGGGGAAAUUUACCUAGGGACUUAUUGGAUAGAGUUUUUAUAAGAUUAGAUUCAGAAUCAGAGUAUUUGAGGUUUAGUUGUGUUUGUAAGCAAUGGCGUAUUGUAGCAAAGAACAAACUGUGGAUGGGUAGCCAUUUUUUUGCUCGUGUGAGCUUAGUUUUCUUGGCCGUAUUGAACUAG